AUGGCAUCAGAAGCCGGGAAGACAUUCCAGCGUUUUGCUGCCUUUGGAGACACAGCUAGUAGUGGUACUGAAAUAAACAAUAAGAACUUCAGCAAGCUAUGCAAAGAUUGUGGCAUCAUGGAUGGCAAGAUGGUGACUUCUACAGAUGUGGACAUUGUAUUCAGCAAAGUCAAGGCCAAGAAUGCCAGAACCAUCACAUUUGCACAGUUUCAAGAGGCAAUGAAGGAGUUGGGCCCAAAACGGUUCAAGGGGAAGAGCCCAGAUGAAGCCCUGGAGGACAUUUAUAAACUCAUGGAGGGCAAGGAUCCAGCCACCACUGGUACUACUAAAGCAACAAAGGUGGGUGGAGUGGAACGGCUGACAGACACCAGCAAGUACACCGGCUCCCACAAGGAACGCUUUGAUGAGAGCGGCAAAGGCAAGGGCCUUGCUGGAAGGGAAGACGUGACUGACAACUCAGGCUACGUGAGUGGCUACAAGGGCGCUGGCACCUAUGAUAAGGAGAAGUAGAAGGGAGCCUCAGAUUAG